AUGCUGCGGCCGUCGACAAAUGGAUACGUGUGGUGCUUACGUGAUGCGCUUUACGAGGACAAUUCCGACUCUUUCAACAACACGCUUCUCAUCAACAGUACCUUUACAGGGAUGGCCUUUAACAUUUUCUAUCCGUUCAUUUAUUUGACAUACCUUUCCUUCCAGUUUGCGAGGUUCUUUUCAAUACGCCUCUUCCGGCUAGUAAUGGCACCCGUGAGGGGAAAGCCCGACCUCGCGUCAAAUGCGUGCUAUUCCUGCAAGACGAAGAAACGGCGUUGCGAUAAGAAGCUUCCACGAUGUCUUGAGUGCACAAAGAAAAAGCGGCGGUGCAACUAUGACUAUGUCAACAAAAUCUCACCCAUCAACUCUGAGCAAUCAGAUUCUUAUGAAGAAAACUAUCUCUCAGUUCAAUCAAUAAUCUGCCCCCCAAAUCCAUAUACCCUUCCGCCUUCCACAUUUCCAGCCUUGUAUUUCGUCGAUCCAUCCGUCUUUCACAAUCAUCAUGUCGAGUUACCCAGAGCCAGCAUACCGAGCUAUGUUGCCGGAGAGCUCGGCAGCAACCAGCAGCAGGAGCAGAUCGGUCGCCUUUUCUUUCAUACGAUUCAUUCCUGGUUCCCCAUGGUUUCCCGAAAACGCUUUUAUGACGACUUGCACGUGUCCGCUGAAGGUGUCACCACGGCUGCUGACUUGGGUUUCUUGUUGUUAGCCAUGAAGCUGAUGACAUGGCGCCCUCCUUCAUCAGAAGGUGACGCUCCUGUUGUAGAUCCGACAGCGAGAACAGCAACUUAUCGUGCUGCAAAACAAUUCGGUUUUGAGCUUGAAACGGCUGGAGUGAUCUCUCUUCGUGUUCUUCAGGGCAUGAUUCUGGUGGCACUCUACGAGAUCGGGCACGCAAUCUACCCUGCUGCAUUCAUGUCUGUAGCGGCGAGUGUACGGUACGCGCAUGGUUUAGGGAUACAACCUGGGGGAAUGCAGAGGUUGAAGCUACCGUUAUCGUGGGUGGAAGAAGAAGAACGGAAAAGGGUGUGGUGGUCUGCGUUUCUACUAGAUCGAUUUAGAUUCUCUGGCAUGACUUGUCCAGGCUGUCCAGCUGCGAUUGACGAGCCCAGACCAGAGGAUCCUCUACCCACAGAUGAUGCGCUUUGGGACGAAGGUGCUACAAAAGUGCCCUUUUCGCCCUUGCUGAAAAAUCCCGUCAGCAUGGAGUUUGGGAGGUUUGCAUUGCUAAUACAAGCCUUUGUGCUGCUAUCCAAAGUGCUGCGGCUCAUGUCUUCGCGAGAUGAGCAAUCACACCUUCUAAAAGACGAGGCACAGCAGUUAGAACGCACAGUCAAGGCGCUGCUUUACUUUGGACAGAUGGAGUGCAAAUGGCGAAACGGGGUUCCAAGCUGUGAGCUUCACUCGAUCUCUCACAUAACACGAAGCUCUUUGAUCACAAUGUACACCUCGUCAAAGAUUCCUGUUGAGAUGCCGGAUAAUUUUAUAGAGCCUCUCGCGGACGUCCUGGACAGUUCCAAUUACGAACACAUGGUAACCGCAGCGCGCCGCGGACGAGACGAAAUUUCCCCCUUCUUAAUACAGAUUCUAUACCUGACAUCGGUCCAACUCUUGAAGAGAGAACGUCCCAAAAACGGAGGAGACUGGGGCGAAACACGCGUAGAGAAGCUCAAGACCGCGCUAAUGUGGCUGGACAAGAGGUGGCAGCUCGCAGGAGUUUUUCGUCAGGCGCUAGAAGCCCAGCAAAUCGCCUUGUCGAGAGAGACUUCAAGUUGA